GCGGCGUCGCGGCAUGAUGUCAUUCAUCCUCACGCACUCACACACGUAACCCGUGUCGCGACCGUGUUUACCAAGUGACCGAGUGUUUGUGAUUUAUUUAUUCUAAUUAGUUAGCUAGAAUGGCCAAUAACCGCGCAGCCAAGUCUGGCUUUGCCGCCGAAGCUCAGCGCAAGAUAAACAGCAAAUACAGCGAGGAGCUCGCGCAGGAAUGCCUGGAAUGGAUCCGGCAGAUCACCGGCGAGCCGGAAAACGUGUCCGGGGACAUGGACAACUUCUACGAAAUACUCAAGGACGGGACCCUGCUUUGCAAGCUAGUCAACACCAUCCAGCCGGGCCAAGUUAAGAAGAUCAACGAGUCAAAGAUGGCGUUCAAAUGCAUGGAAAACAUAAACGCCUUCCUGGAGGCCGCGAGACAGCUCGGAGUACCUGCUCAGGAGACCUUCCAGACGGUUGAUCUGUGGGAGCGACAGAACCUCAACUCCGUUGUGAUUUGCUUGCAGUCACUUGGCAGAAAGGCCCACAACUUCGGCAAGCCAUCCAUCGGGCCCAAAGAGUCCGAGAAGAACGUAAGAAACUUCUCAGAGGAGCAGCUGAGGGCCGGCCAGGGGGUCAUAUCGCUACAGUACGGCUCGAACAAGGGCGCCACGCAGAGCGGCAUCAACUUCGGCAACACGAGGCAUAUGUAGGCUGUU